AGAACAUUGAUGAUGCCAAGCAGUCACUUGGAAUUCGUUGAGACUCCGUCCUCCUACCUUCUCCUCCCGAUGCCGUGACGCAGAGCCUAGGAGAGGAGGCAUGGAGAGGAGCACUGCCGCCCAGAGCUGGAGGACGGGCGAGGCCCUGGGGCUUCCGCCCCGCAGGGGCCUCUCGGCGGCGGUCAGGGGCCGCCCCCGCGGCGUGCUGGCCGCGCGGAGCGCAGGGGGGCGGGGAGGCAUCGAGCCCCCCUCGGGCACUCGUCUCUUCCCUCUGCGCCUCUAAUGUCCCCAGCCUGAAGCCCGAGAGGAGUGUCCAGGCGUCCCCUCACUGGCGGGAGCGGGAUCCGCGAUCGGCCGUCCGCACCGCCGUCCUCCUUGCCCCCCCUGGGGAGGAGGGCCACCGCUCCGCAGCCCGGGGGAGGGCAGGGGCCCUGGCGCGCCCCCCCCGGGGCGGGGGGGAGGGGGGAACGGGCGGGCGGGCCGGGCGGGCGCGCUGCGGCGGCCGCCCUGGCGGCGGGCUGGACCGCGGAGCGCUUGGGACUCGCAAUUGGCGGCGCGCCAAAGGGAUGGGAGCCACCGCCGCCACGUGGGCCCUCGCCGCCGCCGCGUGCGUCCAGGCCACCGCCAGCGAGGUCGGCAUCGCCGGCACCGCGGCUGGCUCGCCGGGCGUCCUGUCGGACCUCCCCGGCCCAGGGUUCCCCGGCCCCACGGCCGAGGCGACGAACGCCAGCUGGCCGAGCGGCCACCAGCCAAAGAGACUGGAGGCCUGGCCGUCGUCCUUCAACGCCACCAGCGGGAAGAGGACGUUGCUGCCUUGCUGGAAGGUGACGCCGCUCCACGACACGGCCACCGGAUGGCCCGGGAAGUGCCUGAAGCUCUUCCACGCCGAGAAGAUAGACAAAAACGGCGUGGAGGUGUGCAAGCGGGUGUGCACAGAGGAGCCGCGGUGCCCGGUGUGGCAGUACGUCAACGCGACCUCCAGCGGCCCCCUGACCCCCGGCCAGUGCUGGGUGGGCUUCGGCGAGAGCUGCGUCAGCCGCGGCGGCGAGUCGGACAGUGUCAUCGUCGAGGGGGCGCAGCGCCUCAUGCACGGCGAGGUGAAGGUCCUGAUGAACCUCUCUGGCUGGAAGGUCAACAACUUGUACCAUAUCGACAUGUCCAAUGAGGGUAACAUGGACGUGAGCAUCCUGCGCUGCAAGGCGUGGUGCUACUCCUCGAUCCACUGCGAGUAUUGGCAGUACGGGCCUGGUGGAUGCUGGGUUGACGCCCCCUGGUGGACGACGUCGAAGGGCACGUAUCCGGACAAGAGGG